GCACCCGGAUCUGCUCGGCGGCGGCGGCGGCGGCGACGUGAGCGCGCAGGGGGGCGGUGGCCUCGCCUCGUCUGUCUCCCUGCGCCUGGGUCGGGUGGGUGACGCCGAGCGCCGGAGCGAUGUCGGACUUCGACAGUAACCCGUUUGCGGACCCGGAUCUCAACAACCCCUUCAAGGACCCAUCAGUUACACAAGUGACAAGAAAUGUUCCACCAGGACUUGAUGAAUACAAUCCAUUCUCAGAUUCCAGAACACCUCCACCAGGCAAUGUGAAAAUGCCUAAUGUACCCAGUACACAACCAGCAAUAAUGAAACCAACAGAGGAACAUCCAGCUUAUACACAGAUUGCAAAGGAACAUGCCUUGGCCCAAGCCGAACUCCUUAAGCGCCAGGAAGAACUAGAAAGAAAAGCAGCAGAAUUAGAUCGUCGAGAACGAGAAAUGCAAAACCUCAGUCAACAUGGCAGAAAAAAUAAUUGGCCACCACUUCCUGACAAUUUUCCUGUAGGACCUUGUUUCUAUCAGGAUUUUUCUGUAGACAUUCCUGUAGAAUUCCAAAAGACAGUAAAGAUUAUGUACUACUUGUGGAUGUUCCACGCUGUAACACUGUUUCUAAAUAUCUUCGGAUGCUUGGCUUGGUUUUGUGUUGAUUCUACAAGAGGGGUUGAUUUUGGAUUGAGCAUCCUGUGGUUCUUGCUUUUUACUCCUUGUUCAUUUGUCUGUUGGUACAGACCACUUUACGGAGCUUUCAGGAGCGACAGUUCUUUCAGAUUCUUUGUGUUCUUCUUCGUCUAUAUUUGUCAGUUUGCUGUGCAUGUGCUCCAGGCUGCGGGAUUUCACAACUGGGGCAACUGUGGUUGGAUUUCAUCCCUUACUGGUCUCAACCAAAGUAUUCCUAUUGGAAUCAUGAUGAUAAUCAUAGCAGCACUUUUCACGGCAUCAGCAGUCAUCUCACUAGUUAUGUUUAAAAAGGUACAUGGACUAUAUCGCACAACAGGUGCUAGUUUUGAGAAGGCCCAACAAGAGUUUGCAACAGGUGUGAUGUCCAACAAAACCGUCCAGACCGCAGCUGCAAAUGCAGCUUCCUCUGCAGCAACUAGUGCAGCUCAGAAUGCUUUCAAGGGUAACCAAAUCUAGAGCAUCUUGAAACAAUACACCGUUACCUUUGACUGUACUUUUUUCUCCAGUUACUGUAUUCUAUAAAUAUUUUUAUGUUCAAGAUACACAGUACACACAGCAUGUAUCUUUCCUAUUCACUUGUGCAUGGGCUAAAACCAGAAAAACUUCUUUGUCUUAUUAUUUAUCUAACAGUUUCUUAAUAUUUCCGAGCCCCUUGCAGAAAAAGAUAUUACAUGCUAAAUAAAUAUUCUCCAUAUUUUUUGGGGGAUGAAUGUUCAGUGAAUUAUUUCAGUGGUGACACACUGACAUUAAGAUAGUACUUAUGAUUCAAAAUGCAUUUAGUGCUAGCGGCAGUCAUUCCUUCAAGAACCUUAGAUUUAAGGAUCACACAUCGGAGCAGUAAGCAAUGCUUCCUUCCUUUUUCCCUAUUUAUACUGAAAGCAAUAGGCCAUCAGAGACUUAGGGGUUUUUAAUUGGCUUGCUUUUUAGCAGUUUCAGUCACAGUGAAGAGCCUGUGUGCAUUUCCUAGUAGAUAAUGUAAAUUUUACCUUUUUAUUUCUUUUUUUAGAGUAGUUGAUAUUUUGAUAUCAAUCUCUGACCUUGCAUGGGCACUACAUUUCUUAAAAGAAUUAGAAUUUUGGGUUCUGCACUGCUUAUGGUUGUAGGAUUGGGGAUGUUUAUAGGAUCAUAGAAAUGAUUUUCUGUAAUAGUUUCUUUUAAAUAAAAGUGUAUUGGGGUGCGAUGUGAGAAUAUAAUAUAAUAUGCAGUGCAUUAUCCAAAAGAAAAGGUAGAUAAUCGAUGGAAUAGAGUGUAGUGAUAAUACCUUUUUUUUUAAAUUUUAAGUAUUCAUAUCAUAGUAAAAUAUUACCAUAUGGAAACUUUGGUAUAUUCUUGUGGCUACUCUUUUUAAUUGAACGGAGAUUGUGUUUGGCAGCUCUUUUGGAGUGUGUGUGUGUGUGUGUGUGUGUGUGUAAUUUUUAACAGGGGUAUUAAAGUCUAGCCUAACUCCUUGUCUGGAAAGAAUAUACAGUAUUUAAGGGAUUUUUCUUUGACCCUCUCAUCUCUAGUGGCAUUAAAAAUAAAAGACCCUGGCAUUUUACAUAUACUUGAAUCCCUAAUGCACCUCUGUCUUUCAAUUUUCAAGACAGACUGAAUACGUUAAAAUUUUUCAGCACUAGAAAAAAUAAGACAUUUAACUUGUACCAACCAAGAAAAUACAAAGACAGUUGAAUACAUUAAUUAUGAAUAUAAUCACAUUAAAAUUGUUACUGUGCAGCACAAGAGUUCAUUCUUACAGUAUGUUUGGGUUGAGACUUCGAACAAUUUUUAAUACUGAUUAAAUGACUUGGACAUUUUGUAAAGUCAUGAUACUGUGUUUUGGAAGUCAUUAGCUAACUUAAGAUUGCAGAAUAAUAGAUGGUAAUAUAUUCACUUGAUUUUAAGUAAGGAUAGUCUAUUGGAGUAUAUUAUUUGAGACUGAAAAUCUUCAAAAAAAAAAUCAGAUGGCCAUAAAUGGUUAAAUCACUUUCAUUCUUCACCCAAAUCUGGAAUUAAAAUGAGUUUCAUGCUGGGGGUAGGAUGGCGAGUUCUCACUGUUUAUGAAAGAAGUUUUGCUUGAUAGUAGGUUACUCGGAUCCAGCCAGAUGAUGUUUACAUUUGAUUUACUUGCGACUUUUUGAAGUAAUGUACUUGGAAGAUAUUUCUUUUAUUCUGAUGAAAAUAGGAUUUAGAGUGAAUUUAAAGCUGUUUUUAUGAAUAUUUCUGAUCAGUGAUAAUCUUCACCUACUUUCUCAACCAAAUAAGCCAGUUCAGGCUUUUCAGUCUAUAAUCUUAUUGAAAAUCUGUUUCAUCAGUGUUGCUGUACUGAGUGUGGAUUUUACAAGCAUUCAAAAGAUUAACCACAAAAUACAAGAGCACUUUUGUUUGUCAUUAAUUUAUAUCUCAAGUCCAUUUUUGUUUUUCUUUAAAUUACGAAUGAAAGAUAUACCAUAGAGACUUUUGAAAAAUACUGAGAUACUGUCCUUCAAGAAUAGGAAUGCUUCUCUCUCUUCUGUAGAAAUCCCCAAAGGUAGCAUUGUUAAAUAGCGAAAACUAAUUCAACCAACAGAACCUUGUGAUUUGUAAUUGGGGAAAAUGUUCUAAAAUCCAGUUAUUUGGGUUAAUACAAGUUUAUGAGAGAAAAUUGUUUUUUAAAAACAUAAAUGUGCAUUAAAAUGAUGGCAAUGCUUACAGUUUGAUAAGGUAUGAGGGUUUUAAAUUCGUAUAUUCUCUAUUCUCUGAACAAUAAUUAGUAAGUAGUCACAUUUUCACUCAGCAAAAGAUUGGCAUUUGUUAGUGUUUAAUAUUAACAUUACCCAGUAUCACAGUCAUGAAAUGGUCUUCUUAUUGUAAGCAUCCACAUCAUUUUUCAGUUUGCAAUAUUAAGUUGUGGCUAUUUUAUUUCAAACUAAAGUUUGAACACUGGAAAAUCAUUGCUCAGUGAGCUGUAAUUUGGGACUUGGUUUAUUUAUCUGGGGAUGUCUGUAUAUUUUGUCAGUGAGUAAUAUUGCGCUGCCAUCAUGGUAACUGUCAUUUCUGAAUACAGGCCCUCCAUCUGUCCCUCUACUGUUGCAUGUUCUCAGUGGUUUGGAAGUUUUAUAUAUUUAUUGUAUUAACACGGAGUGUCAUAAAAUAAAAUGCUGUUUACUGGAUGUUUGUUUGUUUAAUUUUAAACACUAUAGUAGCACUUCAGAGGCAGAAAUUGUGCUGAGGGUUUAAUGUAUAUAGAAAUUCCAGAUUUGAUUUUUAAAAAGUAAUUUGUGUGUAAUUCUGUCAUGUGCUAAAUAAAUAACUUGUAAAAGACUUAGUUAAAAACUCUCAGCAACAUAAAAUGACCGAUUUUUCUGUUGCAUUAGGCCUUUGUAGGCAGUGAAACAUGAGAUUCACUCAGAUUAAAUAUUUUGACCACUUUAAGGUCAAAAUACACAGACUAGAAUUAGUGAGAUUCGAAAUGGAAAACCUGUUUUGUGGCUCAGCUUUGUCCUUGUGGGUUAAAAUGGAUGCCUCUGUACUAGUGUUGUAUUGGUUUGAUGGAACUGUGUUCUCUUUCCUGACCUCGCCGCCUACUGCCGUUUUGUAUACUGAUGAAGGUUCCUAUUUGUGUAUUGUUGGAUUUUUCACUUGGUUGUCUGAAGAGGAUGUAAAAAUAUAAUCUAAAAUAAUGUUCAUGGAUGAAUCUUAUUUUGAGAAAUACGUGUAAAUUAAAAUAGGGAACAGCAUUUUCAAUUUUCUGAGUGUAUCUAAAAAAUGAGUUUGGAUUUUCAUUUGAUAUAUCUCCUUGUAUAAAUCAUGUUGAGAUAAAGUGUGCUUUGCAUUUUAGAGGGAAUUUUUGUUAAGUUUAUUAAUUGUUUCUGUAACUCAUUUUUAGCAUAAUACUUUUACAGUUUUUGUUAUAUCUUUUUCUGGAAACACUGACAUUAGCAUCUAAUUUUAUAUCUUUAUUGGUAAAAUCUGUUUAGACUGUUUAUACACAGAAUUUGUUACAUUUUUGCACAUACUCUCCCCUGUUAGAAUUACCAUGGCUGUCAUACACCACUUCACUGUAUCUCCUUUCAUCUUUUCCUAAAGGAAAAUGUUUAGAGGACUUUCAUGAUUCCAUGUGAUUAAGACCUUUAGAGAUGAAAUAAAAGUGGUUAAUGUAAAAAUAAUUGAGGAUCGUUAAAAAUAAAAACAUACCUUACUUUGAUAUUA